UUAAUGCGCCAUUUUGAAUAAUCGAGCGUCAUGAAAUCGUGAUAAUUUAUCCGGCUUUAUAAAAUACGUAAACAACAAAGGCUUUAUAUACGUAUAUAUUUUAAUAUUUUGGUAUAUGUCAUUAUUGUUUAAGGGAUUUUUAAAAAAUAUUAAUCAUAAUUAGUAUAUUGUAAUUUGAAUUCCUUGUUGUGGCAAAUAGGUUAAAAACGGUGGGAAAGUUAUUUUUGAAUAAUUAUUUAUAAUUUUAAAGUUUUCACAUAAAAUUUUUUUUUUCUUUCGCUGGGAGUUUAUUUUUUACUUUGGUUAUGUCUACGCGUCAUUAUCGUGUUGAUUAUUUAAUUUGUCACAUACGUUUACGAAAUAUUGACUUAAAAUUUAUAAAAUAACAUAUUUUAUAUCUACCAAACGUUAGAAAAUAUAUAUUUUAAAAUUAUUUUAUUUAAUUUUUCUGACAAAACAACAAAAUGCUCAUAAUUAAAAGUUUAUUUUUGGAAGCAGUCAAUAGGCCUAUUAUUUAUCAGUCAAUAGUAUCAUUUAUUUUUGUAUUGUUUACAUCAUUAUUAUUUUUAUUUCUCAACAAUAUACAACCGGCUUAUUAUAUUGACGAAGUUUUUCAUGUUCCUCAAACUCAAAAAUACUGCAAUGGCUCUUUUCUGGAGUGGGACAAAAAGAUCACGACACUUCCUGGUCUUUAUAUAUUGUCAGCAAUAUUAUUAGCACCAUUUAAAUUAUGUGUGACAAUAUAUUUACGGGGUAUUAAUUUAAUUGGUACCUUCAUUAAUUUGUAUCUUAUAUACCAAAUAUUGAGUACAAAAAAAUGGGUUCAAAAAUGUAAAGCUGAAAAUAAAUCAUGGUUACCAUUGAUGGUGUCAUUAAGUAUAACAUUACUACCGCCAUUAUAUUUUUGGCAUUUUCUUUAUUACACUGAUGUUUUAUCAGUCAAUUUAGUCUUGACUAUGUUUUUAUUACAUGAACGCCAAUGUUAUAAAUAUUCUGCAAUCGUAGGUGCCUUGGGAAUUUUAGUAAGACAAACAAAUGUCAUAUGGCUGAUAUUAUUAAUAGGCGAAAGAAUAUUGACAAUAAUUGAAGCAGAAACACCGCAAAGUAUAUCAGCAUUGCGAGAUCGAGGUAUUUACGGAACAUCAAUUCACGCAAGGUUAAUCUGGAAUAAUGUUAGACAUUACACCCAACGUGGGAUUCGUCCAUUCGCAUCAUUUUUAAUGGAUAUAAUCUCCCACUUAAAGUAUCAAUCAGUAGUAAUACUAUCAUUCGUAGUAUUUAUCAUUUGGAAUAAAGGUAUCGUGUUAGGAGAUCGCAGUGCUCAUGUACCGACAAUUCAUCUGCCUCAGUUAUUUUAUUUCUCUAUUUUUACUUCGGGAUUCGCUUGGCCCUACAUGCUGCCUCAUGUCAAGUCAUACAUCCAAUGGAUUUACAAACACUGGAUCAUCACAAGCUUAUGUUUAUUAAUAAUGACUGUUAUCGUCCAUAGUAAUACGUUGGUACAUCCGUAUUUAUUAGCUGAUAAUAGGCAUUACGUUUUUUACAUAUGGAACAAAUUUAUGGGACGUUAUCAUUUAGCCAAAUAUAUUCUGAUACCUUUUUAUGGAUUUUCUGUCUAUGCAACAGUAAUGUGUCUACAGGAUAUGAGAUAUUUGUCAAAAGUAUUAUACGCUGGAUGUAUUUCCGCUGUUUUAAUACCCCAACUAUUAUUAGAACCUCGUUAUUUUAUAAUACCGUAUAUAUUAAUACGUUUAAAUUUCCGAGAACCAAAAUUAUGGCAAAUGUCAUUUGAAUUAAUGACAACUUUAAUUAUUAACUUUAUACAAUUUUAUAUAUUUGUUACUAAAACGUUUUAUUGGACAGACCAAGAAGGUCCUCAACGAUUAUCAUGGUGAUAAAUUAUAUAUAUGUUUGAAUAUUUAUGACAGCUAUUGAAAUAAUUUAAUAGAUUUAAAUUCUAAAAUAUAUAUAAAUAUAUUUUAUUUGAAUCUGUGUACUAUAAUUUUAUUUAAGUAAUUAUAAAUUGUUUAAGUAAUUCAAUAUUUGAAAUCUUGUUUUACGUUAGACUUCUUUAGACGCUAACAGUACAAAUAGAUUAUGUCAGGUCGUGAUUGUAAUUUAAUCUGUCUGCACUUGAAGAGCUUAGAGGAAAAGUUUCAAUGUCCGAAACGCUAGAAUCUUUUGAUAAUUUCAUUAUUUAAUUGACAACACAUUAUAUUUUUAAAAGUUUAAAAACUUUUAUACUUACAAAAAAUAACUAUCGGGCAUUUAAAUUUUACAUUUUUUUUUAAAUUAAAUCUUGAGGCCAUUCUCAGACAGUGCCCCCACUUUUUUAAAAUACUCAAUGACUUUUAAUUGUAAUAACCGCAUUAAAAUUUUGAUAAUUAAUUUAAAAAAAGUUUAAGCAUUAAUUGAAAAAAAGGACAGCGCAGUUGCAAUUUCGCCGAGACACAGAUUUAAAAAAAAAUUAUUUACAGUUGAUAUCAAUUAGAAGUUGAACGAUAUUUGGAAUAUAAGUUUCAGUAAAAUCUUCAUGUCAGUUUUAUGUUUUGAAUUUUCAAAUUUUGUAGGCUAAAAUUUAUUCAACAAAUUUCGUUUAACUCCUAAUUGAUAACAAUUGUAAGUAAUUUUUUUUUGAAUCUUUAUCUUGGCGAAAUUGUCCUUUUUUCAAUUAAUGCUUUAAAUUUUUUUUAAAUUAAUGAAUAAAAUUUUAAUACGCUUAUGACAGUUGAGUGAUUGAUUAUUUUUGAAAAGUCGGGGGAACUAUCUGAGAAUGCCCUUAAAUUAUUCCAAUAUUUUUAUAUUUAUACGUCACAGCCGUUUAAAUCCGUAAUAUUGCCAAAAUCAUUCUAUGACUGAUGAGUUAUAUAAAUAUAUAUAUAUAUAUAUAUAUAUUUGAGAAAUAUAUUAAUAUUAUAAUAGGAAUAGGGUAAAGUGACAAAAAAAAAAUAAAUAAUAAAUUAAGAAAGAGUAUAAUUGUUUAUUAUAACUAAGCGAGAUCUUAU